GAGGUACAUACCUACAUACAUGAGCUGCGUGCGUGAAAAAAAUAAUCGGAGCAAUCGAUCGAAACGAAACGUCAAAAGUGCGAGGGACAAAAAUAAGUCUAUAAAAAUUUUAAAAGUAUUACAUCUACCUAUUUUGGAAAUCGUACAGAAAACCUAUUGCAAAUUAAUUUUUCGCAUAAAAUUACUUUUAGUGUCAUUGAAGGAAAUAUGUUUCUUUUAUUCUAACCUUAAUGUGUCUUACGUAAGGAGACUGAAUUUACUACAAUGGGCAAUAAAGUAUCAGCAGAAGCUGCAAUGAACACCCAAGCGGCCGGUAUUUCAUCAAAUCCUCCGCCAGAAUGUCCCAUGCACAAAAAGGAGGAUUCUGUACAGAAUGCGCCAAAGAGCACCCCUUCAGAGUGUCCAGUACAACAUGGAAAUGACAUCAAUCCUUUUAACAUGAUGCCACCAGCAAAUCAACAACCUGCCCCUGAUCAACCAUUCCCUCUGCCCACCAACAGACAAGUAUCUACAAUCCCUCGUGCUAUGCCAGACGGCUCCACAGAGUUCUGGGUGUACCCGAGCCAACAGAUGUUUUGGAAUGCUAUGCUACGCAAAGGAUGGCGUUGGAAGGAUGAAGACAUCAAACCAAGAGACAUGGACGAUAUUAUCAAAAUUCACAAUGCAAAUAAUGAACAGGCUUGGCAAGAAGUGCUGAAGUGGGAGGCCCUGCAUGCUAAAGAAUGUGGUCAUCCCAGGCUAAAGAGUUUUGGAGGAAAAGCUACUCAAUAUAGUCCUAGAGCACGACUGCGCUCUUUACUUGGCUAUGAGCUGCCAUUCGACCGUCACGACUGGAUUGUAGAUAGAUGUGGAAAGGACGUCCGAUAUAUCAUUGACUAUUAUGAUGGGGGUGAAAUUGAUAACAAAUACGAAUUUGCCCUGCUUGAUGUCAGGCCAGCUUUGGAUUCAUUUGACAAUGUCUGGGAUAGAAUGAAAGUGAUGUACAUGAGAUACCGCUAUGAAUUCAUUGGUACCAAAGAGGAUACCAAAUUGACAAAUUAGUUUCCCCUCCAGAACAGUAUUUUUACUCAACUGAAAACAUAAAAUAGCGUUUUGUGGGGUUCUUCUGUCGGCAAUGGAUGUCACUGUGGAAACUCUUUGUGAUUAUAUUUAUUGCUAAAUUCGACGUAGUUUUUAAUUUACACUUAGUGAUGACUAUUUAAAAUCAUUAAAUGCAUAAUGAAAACAAACCAAUCUCAACCAUAUAUUGUUGAUAAGUUUUAACAAUCAUGAUACAUCUUAGUAUUCAAAUCAUAAUUUGAUUCAUCUCAAAGUUGUACUUACUUUAUAGUGUUUGCCAUUUUGUUAAAAAUUGGAUAGAUUUUAAGUUUAUUGUUAAAUAAAAUUCAGAAGAUGUCAAA